AUGGACUCUGCCGAUGGCGAUGCGCAAGCGCUGUGCGCCCAGUUGGAGCUGAGCCGGGAGGCUUUCGAGGCGGAUGAAGCGGCGCGGGCGGAGGCCCUCAUGCGCGAGGUGGGGCUUUUGGAUGAACCAAACUUCUCCGAGCCCGUGCCCGAAGUGAAUGCGGCGGAGUCCGACCUCGUGAAGCAGGCGGAGCGCUUCCUCCUGCCCUUUGCUACAGAUGCCAGCAUGCCCAGUCAGACAAGCACAACUUCUCCGAAUCCUUUGCACGUGGCAGCUCCUGCCCAACUUCCAGCGCCACUUCUGCUGGACAUCCCAGCACCACAGUCGCCAAGCUCUCCUUUGAUAGACGGAGAGCUACCGCUUUCGCCAGAGGAGCCAGGCCAAGCGGAGGAUGCUGGCCAGGAACCGUCCUUUGACGUGGUUCCGCCGCUCGAGCUGAGACCGCCUGCAAAUGGUCAGCCUGCUGCCGAGGCAGCGAUGCAAGAGUCUUCGCAGGAGUCCCCGGAUGGCCGUUCGCCACCGGAGAUACGGAGAGUCCAUCCUGCGCCUCCGAAGGCCAGGGCUCAGCCACAGGCCAAGACUCAGAUUCUCCAUCCUGCAGAGGAGGCGGACGCAGCUCUCUUGCUCCUGCCCCCUGCCGAGCGCAAGCGGAGGCGGAUCGAAUUGCUGACGCAGGCCGAAGAUGAGGCGUUGAUGAAGCGGCAGCUUCAUGAGAAGAUGGCAUGCCUGGCACAGGCAGCUCGUGGUGAAAAGCCAGAAGAGCACCUGGAAUUGCCAUUUGCUGGACCCGACGUUCAGUGGGACGAGGAGCCACCUCAUACCGCGGCAAAUGGCGCAGCCUUUACAGACCUUGUGGACAGCAUCGAGCAAGAGGAACCGAGGGCCAGGGAAGACGAGCAAAGCCGGCUGCUCUCAGAACUGAAGGCGAAGCUGCGUGGCCUGAAGCAACACCUUGAGGCGGAUAAAGACUAUCUGCCGAAGCUUGCAUUCACGGUUCACAAGAAGGUGCUGAGCCGAGGAUCGCCGGACAAAGUUUCGUACCCGGUCCUUCAGGUGUUCAGCCGGGCCUUCUGUAGCCCCGAGCUGAAGGAAGGCGAGCGCCGCUUGGUUUUCUAUGCGUUUAACGAGCUCUGCCGGCCUUUGCAUAAAGAUCCGCAGAGCACUCGCAGCAAGUACGUCCGCCAUGCCGCCUGGCAGUUCAUGAAGUCCGUGACGACCGUCGAAAUGAAUGACAGAGAGAGGGAUUUCUACGUGCGCUUCUGCCGGAAGCACUCCCGCAGCUCGAAUGACGCCUCUUGGAUCUAUCGCGCUGCCGGUUCGUCCCCCACUGAAACGAAGGACUAUUGGGAUGAUCUGAUGUCCAAAUGGGAGCUGGCGAUGAGGGGGCGCCAGUCUCUCCAAAGCGUUGAGCAGAAAAAGCACGAUCUGGACAGAUUCAAGCGGUGUAGCCUGACGAAUGCCCCAUAUUGCCCCACACCGAAGAAUCCUUGCUUGUGGGUAGGACUUCUCCAAGAACCUACCAUUCAGGCUCCGAAACAACGAAGCUUCGCAUGUGCGGCGAAACUAAGGACUGUGAGCACAACGAUCGCCAGCCCCGAUGAUGAGCUCGAUGCGCUCUUGCAUCGCGUGGACGGCGUGGAGCGACGACUGAUCCGGGGCCCAGCCUCCGAUCGCCUGGAGGGCAUCGCGUCCGCACUGUCCCACGCGCCCGCACGGGCUGCGAAGGUGCAAGGUCUUGUGCCCAACCAAACGGUUGUCAUCGGGAAUUACUCACCAGGUUGGUUAUCGUUGACAUCUUUCUUCUGCUUGUGGGUCUCAGCAGAUCUGGGAGUGGAGAUUAGCUUGCAUGGAUGCUUCCAAACACAGCAGACAGUGCGCGAGCAGUCUGUCGCGGGGCGCGUCCACGUGAUGCAGCCCUUCAUGACAUCGCCUGGCAUGGAAGAGUUUCAGCAUGGUCUCGGCGUGUUCCUGGGCUAUGACGGCAAGGAAGAUGUACUGUCAGGGCCGGUGGCCGAAAGCUGGGACGAGGCCUGCGUGACGAUGGCAUACCGGAAAGGAAGUGGCGUCAGCGGAAAGGCCGUUACCUUCCCAGCUUGCCGGGGCUCGGCCUUCAUCACAGCAGAGUUCCGCUCCGUGCGGCCUGUGGUCUCUUCGGAUCUGAUGCUUGCGGAGCCCAAGAAGCUCCUCGUCGACGGCAAGCAGGUGGACUGCAGCGACUUCGUCCACGGAAAGGAGAUAGAGUUCACCCUCAGCACCGGCGAUUCAUGGCUUGUGGUCUUCCCACCCGGGAUGGGAUGGGUCUGCAAGGCCUGGCCCUUCCGGCUGCUGGCUGCGAAGCCGACUCCGCCGAAAGGAGCGGCGGUCCAGCUUGCCAUGCUGAAGGGCAAAAACCCAGGCUUGGACGUGCAGCGCUGGCAUUCCUUGGUUCGCCAUCACGCGGGUGCAUACCCAGUCGCCUCGGGCCUCAACUUCAAGGUCGGUCUGAAUGCAGAUGACGCAGAGGUCAGUUUCAACUGGGCAAACUACGUUCGCACCGUGCCUGGUUACCCCGAGAAGGCAGCUGCAGAGCGGCUUGUAGCUAGAAGGCUAGAAGACAUUGCAGAGAAUUCACGCAUUCUGCUCGCAACUCCCACUGUCGCAGAUAUGCUAGAGACUUCAUUGCUGCGUUGUGGCUCAAAGAAGAUGUCCUUGUUGGGCACUUCACUAUGA